AAGGAAGAGAGUCCUGGUGCGCCGGCGCAGAGCGCUCUGGGAGUGCAGCUCGCUGCCGCGCGCUGGGGCCGCCGCGUCCGGCAGCGCCGGGGGGGCCACGAGCGACGGAGCGGGAGGCGAGCGGGGCGGGUCUGCGGGGCCCCGGCGCUGAACCGGCGCCCUGGGACGGCGGGAGAAACAGCCUCGGAGACGCUUAAAAACUUGUCGUGUUUGGUUGCCGUACCCAGAACACCCCCCCACACACCACCACCACCACCACCACCUCCUCCGAGGCUAGAGGAGCUGCGUGCGGUUCACUUAUUUACAGCCAGGGCUUUAUCUGAGCGGACCAUCUUUCGAAAUGGGAGCCACGAUGUUGAGUAUUAGAAGGAAUUUUUCAGUGCAUGUGUUGAAGUCAUCAAGUUUGUGCAGUGAGUGUAUGCAUUUCUGGAAGCAAAAUAUGAGAGUCACAGGAAGUCUGACACAAUGGAGCUGUAGUCAGAGAAACCACAGUUCCCUACCAGGAGAUGUUAAGUCUCUACGUUCUAUCAUUAACCCUCAUAUAUCCAGAAUCCGUAACAUUGGCAUCAUGGCGCACAUUGAUGCAGGGAAAACUACAACAACAGAGAGAAUGCUGUAUUAUUCUGGAUACAUAAGAUCACUUGGAGAUGUUGAUGAUGGGGAUACAGUGACAGAUUUCAUGGUACAAGAGCGGGAACGUGGUAUUACCAUUCAGUCUGCUGCUGUUACUUUUGACUGGAAAGACUAUAGAAUCAAUCUGAUUGACACCCCAGGUCAUGUCGACUUUACAGUGGAAGUUGAGCGUUGCUUGAGAGUCCUGGAUGGAGCAGUAGCUGUGUUUGAUGCUUCAGCUGGUGUUGAGGCCCAAACUCUGACGGUGUGGAGACAAGCAGACAAGCAUCAGAUACCGCGAAUUUGCUUUUUAAACAAGAUGGACAAAAAUGGGGCAAGUUUUACAUACGCUGUUGAGAGCAUCAAACAAAAGUUGAAGACAAAACCUCUGCUUUUACAGUUGCCCAUAGGGGAAGCAAAGACCUUCAGAGGACUGGUUGAUGUUGUGACUAAGGAACGAAUUAUCUGGAAAUCUACUUCUGCUUUGGAUGAUGGAAAAAUUUUUGAGCAAAAGCCACUGCUGGAAGCUGAUGAUCCCAGCUUGUUCCAAGAAGUCCAGGAUGCCAGAAAUACCUUAAUAGAACAAGUUGCAGAUCUGGAUGAUGAGUUUGCUGAACUGGUUCUAGGAGAAUAUAGUGAAAAUUUUGACUUACUACCAGCUGAUAAGUUACAGUCUGCUAUACGUAGAGUCACGCUAGCUCAGAAAGCAGUGCCUGUUCUCUGUGGCAGUGCGUUGAAGAAUAAAGGAGUGCAGCCAUUACUGGAUGCUAUUACUGCGUACCUGCCUGCACCUAAUGAGCGUUCAUAUGAGUUUCUAAAGUGGUACAAUGAUGACCUGUGUGCCCUAGCAUUUAAAGUUCUCCAUGAUAAAUGUCGUGGGCCACUAGUUUUCAUUCGCAUUUAUUCAGGUUCAGUGAAACCUCAGUCAGCUGUAUAUAAUAUUAACAGAAGUUGCACGGAGAGAAUGAGCCGGCUGCUCCUGCCUUUUGCUGAUCAGCAAAUUGAAAUACCAUCACUAAUGGCUGGCAACAUUGCCCUUACUGUUGGGUUAAAACAGAGUGCCACUGGAGAUACCAUAGUGUCAUCCAAGACCUCAGCUGUAGCAGCAGCGCGCCGAGCUGGAAGGGAUGCUGGUGGAGAGCGGAGGCGUACCAGUGAAGUAGAGAGCCUUCUGCUGGCAGGCGUUGAAGUCCCUGAGCCAGUCUUUUUUUGUACAAUUGAACCACCUUCAAUGGCCAAACAACAAGACUUGGAUAAUGCACUGAACUGCCUUCAACGUGAAGAUCCAAGUUUAAAGGUGAAGCUAGAUCCUGACACAGGACAAACUAUUCUGUGUGGCAUGGGAGAACUACACAUAGAGAUUAUUCAUGACCGAAUCAAACGUGAAUAUGGAAUUGAGACUUAUUUAGGACCUCUUCAAAUAGCAUACAGAGAAACCAUCCUAAAUGCUGCCCAAGCUGCAGAUACAUUGGACAAAACAGUAGGAGAUAAACGGCACUUUGUAACUGCAGAGCUAGAGGUGAGGCCGAGGUCGGGGGAGAGCGCAACAACAACACCAGUCAUAGAGUAUGCUGAAAAUGUCAUUGAGCUGCUUCCCAAAGAACUUCAAGGAGCAAUAGAAAAUGGAAUCGCUAAUUCAUGCAUUCAAGGACCUUUGCUGGGAUUCCCAGUUCAGGAUAUAGAAGUGACGGUGCAAUCACUGACGGUGCAUCCUGACACCUCCCAUACGAUGAUAUCAGCCUGUGUUUCCCGUUGCAUGCAAAAGGCUUUGAAAAAAGCCAGCAUACAAAUACUGGAGCCCCUGAUGAACCUAGAAAUCACAGUGAGUGAAGAUCAUCUCAGUGCAGCACUUGCUGACCUGGCACAGCGGAGAGGCAGUAUUCAGGAAAUCCAGAGUCGACAAGAUAACAGAGUUGUAGUUGCUGCUGUUCCUCUAGCAGAAACAAUGGGCUACUCAACAGUUCUGCGUUCUCUAACAUCUGGCUCAGCAACCUUCACUUUGGAGCUAGCUAGUUAUCAAGCCCUGAACAGUCAUGAGCAAAGCGCACUUCUUCAGAGGAGGGGAUUGGUAUGAUCACUUUACUCUGUACAAGAAAAAAGUUAUGUUCUAUCCUCCCUAUUAAAUAUUUUCAGAAGACUGUUUAGAUGCACCAGCAUGUUCUUCUGUGACCACCUGGUUAUGGUAAAUGAGAGACUAACAGCUGCAGGAGCGGACUGUGCUUCUGACUUUCCAAGGGAAUGGUCCCAAGACAAAGGGGAGUGUGAGUGAACUCAGUCAGACACAGCUGUCUAAUGCAAAGCAGUUGAACCAGAGAUGCAACCACAAUUUGCUGCUCUGACAGUUCAUAUCUUACAGAUAUCUACAAUGAUGAGUGAUGAGUGAUGCAUAUCCUUUUUAUAGACAUAAGCACUAAGUGUAUAUUAAUGCGCCAUUAAGACUGUUUCUUAACUUCACAAAGUUUACUUAAGUUUAUGUCUAUAGAUGAAAUAACAGUUUUGCCAGUCUCUAUUUGCAUUUGUUUUCAGCAGAAUAUGGUUAAGCAUCUUAAACUGUAAGUAUUCCCACACUGUUAGAAGACAGCUUCAGUGGAGUUUAGGACAAUGCAUGUAACAUUCACCUGAGUUUGCUUCUGCAAAUGAAGUAAGAUCUGUUCAAGAAAUGUUAGAAAUGCAGAGUUCUCCCACAAUAGGAAUCCUACCUACCUACCACCAUGGAGUGUUUUGGGGGUGGUGGUGGAUUUUGUUUGACCUUUAGCCUUUUGACCUAAUGAUUGAUUUAAGGUGUAAUGGUACAGUUCUGAUCUGCGGUGUGUUACAAUUCAUAAUUCAUUUGUAAUUUGCAGUUGUAUGCUUAUUUAGGAAAGCAGCAACUGAGAAAACAAAAUAAAAAGGUAGUUUACUCUUUAUAGUCAAA